AUGUUCGUCAGACUGAAUCCCCCAGCUUCCCGCCGCACGCGAUUCAUCGCCCGCCUUCCUGUGCUUGUAGAUCGGAGUUCUCUCGGAGCAGCUUACAGCAACGGGGGGCAGGGAAGUUUCGCCUGGAGGCAGGAGGCCCGAUACUGGCCUUACGGGGGGACACCUAGAAAGCUCCCAGGUAUCUUAGAUUGCUUCCAUGGUGCCAUUCCUGCGGCGAAGGGCAGAAAUAGGGGGUACUGCGAUGGUGGAGCGCGUAACUCUUCCGGACAUGAAGUAUGCGUGCACCCCCGUAACGGGGGACCGUUGCAGAAGAAGCCUCCGAAGGCGGCGCGUCUUCCAGCUUCCGCGAUAAAACCUUCUAUGCAUGCGCUCUCACCAAGCAAGCCUAUUCAUAUAGCGCCUAAAGUUCUGGAGGCAGACGCACCUGCCGCAGCCGGAGGGUCACCAGCAGGAGGACGUGGGAGCUUCCUGGGAUUCUGCCCAGCUGGAUCGCAUUUUGUUCGCGCGUUUUCUUCGCAGUCACUCCCUCCUGCGGUUUCGAGUUUCAAAGGAAACGGAUUCUCUGCCCUCCGCACUUGUGUGCGAUGGGGCCCUUCGCAAAUGGAUUUUUUUGUUUGUGGUUUGGACCCUGAGCCAUCAGGAAGAGUCGCGAAAGACGAAGAAGCUGGAGGGCGGCUCAAGGGAGGAGAUGUCGGCAGAGAGUGUGGUGGAAAAGUGCUGCCUCGUUCCCCUCUAUCGGCAAUUGCCGCUGCGCAAGCCCUUCGUCCGAAUAUCGUGUUGUUUGGCCUCGGAUACAUGGACGCGGAAAAAGUCUUCGAGACUUUUUCUCGUGAGGCCCUGCUACGGUCUGGAGAGCGUGAUCCUGUAGAGAAAGUGAUUCAGUGUGACAAUGGACAGUUCAUUCCUAUGCUGCAACAGGUGAUCCUCGAGGGGACACCAUACUAUCUCGUGGGGAGAGACAGGCUAGUCGAAAUGGGGGCUUUGGGAGGCGAGCUGCUCUUUCACCCCUCAGAGUUUUAUUCUUUGGUAUGGAAGCUAAUCAGCAGAAGCAAGGACAAAGAGGACCUUUCAAGAAGUCUCAAAAAGGUUUUGUCAGAAGAUUCAUCCGAAUUCUGCCUCCUUAAAAUUCACCAGUAUCUGCUCGAAUGGACUGAUGCACCAAUGGCAGCAAAACAGCCUCCUCAGGAAUUCACCGAAACAACAUUCACAAGAAAAUGGAUCAUUGGCAGAAACAAAAGCGAGUGCCAAUUGCGGCAGAGAGGGAAGCAGUUUGAGCUGGCCAGGGCCCCCCUUCCUUCCUUGUUGAAACAAAAACCGAACUGGAAGAUUCUUGUGGUCUGUGAUGCUGCCUUGGAGGAACGGCUGGCCGGACGGCUAGCUAGCGAGCUCAGCGAGAUGAGGCGUGAGGGACCCCGGUUUAAAAGGAUGUUCGAGUUGGAGGAUACUAGUUCGACUCGUUUUCAUCUCUGUCUUAUGCUGUAUGUGAUUCUACCCAUUGCCACUGUGUGCCGAUUUGCCUGGAAGAGAAUCAAGCGAGCAUAUCUUCGCUACUGGGUUAUUGGCAGCACAGUAACCGUCAGCGGCGACGAAGUGUUGUCCAAAAUCCGUGAGCGUACUGAUGAGGAAUCUGAUGAAGAAUCAGAGGACAUGAGAAUGUCAAAUUUAGAGAUUGUAGAAUCCAGGUGGAUGGGACUCCGACACAGCGUCCGUGAUAAAUCACGGGAUUAA